GUCUGGAACAGCGAAGAAGGUUGUAUCAAAGCGGAGAUUUCCUCUUUGUUAAAACAAAUACAGGCCGUAUUUUAAAUGUUUGAGCGCUUUUACAACUAUUAAAAGUAGCUGAACAAGUUGAAAGGGAUGUAGGGACCUUAACCGCCGGUGUUUGUUGUUUUACGAUGGAGGAACCUGCUGCUACAAGAGGGUUAGACUCGUCGCUGUCAGACGGGGCUUCGGAUGACGACAUGCCCCUAAUGCUGCCCACAGACAGCGGCGGGAGCGUCCGCAAGGGUUGCGAUCCUUUCGCUCAGACUCAGCGCAGCAAACUGCAGCACCGCCGCGCUCGCAUCAACCAGCAGAUCAACAAGGAGAUGCGCAUGAGAGCCGGAGCUGAAAACCUGUUCAGGGCGACGACCAACAACAAGGUGAAGGAGACCGUGGCUCUGGAGCUCAGCUUCGUCAACUCCAACCUGCAGCUCCUCAAAGAGGAGCUGGAGGAGCUCAACAGCAACAUGGAGGUCUAUCAGACAGACAGCGAGGCCAUUAACGUUCCCAUGAUCCCGCUUGGCCUAAAAGAAACCAAAGAGAUGGACUUCACCGGUCCUAUCCAGGAUUUCAUCUGUGAGCACUAUGGAGAGGACAGCAGUCUGUUUGGCAGGGAGGUCCUGGAGCUUACAGAGCUCAGACAGGCGAUGCGCACGCCCAGUCGAAACCAGGCGGGCCUGGAGCUGCUGAUGGAGUACUACAACCAGCUGUACUAUCUGGACCAGCGCUUCUUCUCUGCUCACAAGAACCUGGGGGUGCACUUCCACUGGUACGACUCUCUGACGGGCGUCCCGUCUUCUCAGCGCUCGCUGGCCUUCGAGAAGGGCAGCGUGUUGUUUAACAUCGGAGCUCUGUACACGCAGAUCGGAGCGCGGCAGGACCGCUGCGUUACCGCCGGCAUCGACAGAGCCAUAGAUGCUUUUCAGCGAGCUGCGGGUGCGUUUAAUUACCUCAAGGAGUAUUUCUCCAAUGCGCCCAGUCUGGACAUGAGCGCACCGUCGCUCGGCAUGCUGGUCCAGCUGAUGGUGGCUCAGGUGCAGGAGUGUGUGUUUGAACGCAUCGCGCUCACCACGCAGGAAACCAGCUUCAGCUCCCAGCUCCACCUGGCGCAAGAAGCUGCGCAGGUGUCGCACGUUUACUCUCUGGUGCAGCAGACGAUGACGCAGCCUCUGAUGAAGGACUACGUGCCGUUUUCCUGGGCGUCCAUGGUUCAGGUCAAAUCCGAGCACUUCCGUGCGCUCUCGCAUUACUACGCCGCUGCUGCGCUCUGUGACCACACGUUUUCUGCUGAAGAGGAGUGUGACGAGGAGGCGGAGAAGGCCUUCCUCAGGUUUUAUGCCAACGCUCCUGCAGGACAAACUCCCAGUCAGAUCUUACAAGAUCCUGAAAAAAGGCGAAAGCUCGGUAAAGCCCACCUUCGGCGUGCAGUAAUGAAACACGAGGAGGCCAUCCGUGUCCACAGUCUGUGUAAGAUCCUGAGGAAGAUGGACAUUCUGCAGGACGUGCUGUCUCAAACACACAAAUGCUCUCUAGAGAAAUACUUGGAGCUGGAUCGAGAGGACGAGUUUGACGAAACGGCUGAAGCUCCGGAGAUUCAAGCUCAAACUCAGCAGAAACCAGACAUCACUCCACCAAACUUCUCCUCAGUCCAAGUUACUGACAUCUUCCAAAGGCUGGGGCCCCUGUCAGUGUUCUGUGCAAGGGCUCGCUGGGGCCCGGUGCGUGUCAUCUGCAUGCAGAGGAGAGAAGGUGGACUGGGUCUCACGCUCCGAGGAGACUCCCCGGUCCUGAUUGCAGGAGUAGUGCCUGGAGGCUGUGCAGAGGAGGCAGGACUAAGGGAAGGAGACUAUAUAGUAGCAGUGGGCGAACACGACUGUAAGUGGGCCAAACAUGGGGAGGUGGUCCACAUGCUGAAGAGCUGCAGCGACAGAGGGGUGAAGAUCAGCGUGGUUACGUUACACUCGCAUGAUACGCAGGUGGAGAGGAAAGCUGCCAUGCUGUCCCACUGCAGCGACAAAGAAAACUCUCAGCAGCGUAUGUUGGGCGGGGCGAAGGGCCAAAGCUCCACCUCCUUGUUGAACUGGAGCAGGAAGAAAAAAAGGGAAGGCGGCGGAGUAGCCAAGAAACUGGGAAGUACUUUCAGUUUGUCAUUUGGAAACAUCCGUGACACCGAGGCCAUGUACUGAGACACUCACAGAGGAGAGCAGAGGACUCACUCAGGGACCCGCAGCAAGGGGGAAAACGGUACGAUCUGCACCAACGUCUGGUUCCCAACAACCAUGUGC